UGUCAGUUCCUGUUUGUUUCACGCUGUUGGUUUAACUGUCCGCUUGUUUCGUGGAAUAAGCUGUUUCGGUACGUGCCGCCGCGCGCAAACCUGACAACUGCCUCCGACAUCCUGUCAGCUCAGAAACGGAGUGCGUGUCUCCUGCUGUUGCGACAUCAACAUUACCAUCUGCAGAUGAAGUGGGUGUAAACAUUCUCCCAAAGUGAGCUCUCAGACUCUUUCUUGCUCAGUAAGGAAGUUGACUUCUCUCAGUUCGAGCGGUGCAGGACGCAAAGGUGAAGGGGCGUAGCUGAAAUAAAACCUGCCUCCAGGUGGAAGAAGAAUGAGCAGCCCAAAGGCAAACGGCGAGAGCAGCACACAGAUUUCUAAAAAGGCCAAAAUGAGUGGAGACACCUCGACCCAGUACCUGGACGGCAUUCCUCCAGACACACUUAGUAAGGUGCAGAAGUAUCUCGAGGGUUUCAUUCUGACUCCGGAGAGGCUGAUGGAGGUUUCUGCUCGGCUGAAGAGGGAUCUGAACCGAGGUUUGGGGAAACACAGUCAUCACAGGGCGCCCGUUAAGAUGCUGCCCACCUUCGUCAGGGCCACACCAGACGGGACGGAGAAAGGCGACUUCCUGGCGUUGGAUCUGGGAGGAACAAACUUCCGGGUGCUUCAUGUCCGAGUGAUGGAAGAGGAGCAGAGAGUGCUGAAGAUGGACAGUAAGAUCUGUCCCAUCCCACAGGAAAUCAUGCUGGGAACCGGAGAUCAGCUGUUCGACCACAUCGCUGCUUGUCUCAGCGAAUUCCUCGACUCUCAGAACCUGAAGGAACAAACUCUUCCUCUCGGCUUCACCUUCUCUUUCCCCUGCGAACAGAAAGAAAUCGACAAGAGCAUCCUGAUCCGCUGGACCAAAGGCUUCAACUGCUCCGGAGUGGAGGGACAAGACGUGGUGAAGCUACUGAAAGAAGCCAUUCACAGGAGAGGGGACUAUGAUAUUGGCUCCGUUGCCAUGGUGAACGACACCGUUGGCACGAUGAUGAGCUGCGGCUACAGGGACCAGAGCUGUGAGAUCGGCAUGAUCAUCGGUACGGGAACCAACGCCUGCUACAUGGAGGAGAUGAAGAACGUGAAGCGUGUGGAGGGCGAGGACGGACGGAUGUGCAUCAACACAGAGUGGGGCGGCUUCGGAGACGACGGCUCCCUGAAACACAUCCAGACGGAGUUUGACGUAGAAGUGGACAAGACAUCCAUCAACCCUGGCGUCCACACGUUUGAGAAGAUGAUCAGCGGCAUGUAUCUGGGAGAAAUCGUGCGGCUGCUGCUGGUGAAGCUGACGGGGGACAAGCUGCUGUUUAAGGGACAAGCGUCGGAGGCGCUGCUGACGCCGGGGAGUUUCGAGACGAAAUUCAUCUCUGAGAUCGAGGAGCAGGACCGCGGUCUGGAAAACGCCGAGAAGAUUCUGACCCAGUUGGGUUUGAAUUGGGAUUCAGUCGACAUCCGCGUGGUGCAUCUGGUCUGUGACACAAUCUCCUCACGCUCCGCCCGCCUCUGCGCCGCUGCCCUGGCGACCAUCGCCAACCGUAUCCGUGCCAACCGCGGGCAGAGCCACCUGAAGACCACCGUAGGGGUCGAUGGGACGGUCUACAGGAAACACCCCAAUUUCAGCGCGGAGCUCCAGAUGUGGGUGCGCCGCCUCGCCCCCGAAUGUGACAUCACCUUCCUCGUCUCGGAGGACGGCAGCGGGAAGGGUGCCGCCAUGGUAACGGCCGUGGCUCAGCGGCUGGCUCUCCAGUCGCGGCUGCUGGAGGACAGCGACGGUGAGGACGAGGAGGAGGAGGAGGACGACGAAGAUUAAUAAAAGUAGCGAGAGGACGCAGAAUGUUACGCAAAAAACUUUUAGCUCAGAGCAGAUGGAUGUUGAGCCUCCAGACGAGGAGUUUGAAAUCUUUUUAAAGUGUUUCACCGUGUUUGGUUGGUGACCCAUCAGAUUCUGUGACCUGCACUGAUGUUCUUCCUCCAACCACGACCACCUCGCUCCUCACGCCUAAACCCGACCAACGCCGCAGGUCACAGAAACUGACGGGUCACCAAAUACAGUGAAUCACUGGCAACAUUUACACACAGCAAAGUUUGUGAGUAUUAUGUAAAGUUUUGAGUCAAAGUUCAGUUCGUUUUCUUUUACAAACUAUAAACUCAUGAUUUGGGUUUAGAAACAAUAGGCCAGUGAAAGAUGCCGCCGUGACCUCUGGGAAAUGCAGUGCACACACACACACCGCACCAAACAGAUAAAUAUAAAAAGAAAAUGAUUUAAUUUGCAGAUUAUGUGUCAGAUUUUAUAACUCAACUAAAACCAGGACUCACACUUUUUAUUUCUGAGUCUUGCAGGUAAAACAUGAGACUCAUGUAGCUGUUAUUUCAGUUUUAUUCACGGCAGGUGCGCUUGAUUGUUCUAUAACUGCGGUAACCGGGCGGAGACAUGAAUAAUAUUUCUCAUUGGAGGCUUUGUUGAAGAGAGAAACAAAAAGUGAUAAAGUUGUUUAGUUUUAUAUUCAUUUAUUUUGGUAUUUUAUGCCUGUUCAGCACUUUGGUCAACUGUGGUUGUUUUAAAGGUGCCAUAAAAAUAAAUUUUAACUUGACUUGACUUGACUAGUGUGUCGGCCUUUAAGAACUAAAUAUAUGUGACGGGAUCGACUGUGAAUGUCCUGAGUCGGGGACAGAGAAAGCAAAACCGACCACCUUUAUCCUACAAGCUCUCAGAGGUUCAGUUCAUGGAAAAACACCAGAAAUGUUAGCAUGCUAAUGUUAGCAAGCAGUUGAGGCUAAGUUGAGCUGAUAAGCUGUGUCUGAAAUGUCCUAAAACAGCCACCGUACAGAGGAUACAGCUGCUGUAACAACAUGGCCUCUCCUCUGGCGCCACCCUCAGGACAAACUUUACAUUUCUUGCCCCUGUAGUGGUCAAGAAGAAACAGGUUUUGUUUUCUGUGGUGUGAUGAACAAAACAAACCAACAUUGACUGAUGUGUUGAUGCUUCUCUGCAGUUUUAAUUACAGUUUUCUGCUUUUUUCUAAGAGCUUUGUCCAUUUAAAUGAUCUUAAAACUCUUCCUGUUAUAUAAGAUAAGAAAUGAAUCAGAGAUGAAGAGCAGAUGACCGACUGGAAACACUUUUAUUACUUGAAAUCAAAUCAAAACCCUAAAAUAGUUUUCUUAAAGGUGCAAUAUGUAAGAAUCAGAAAUUUCUUCUCAUUAAUGACACCGGUGGCUGUUAAGUGAGCUGCAGUCAGCUUCCUGUUCGCACUCAGUGUGGCUAACAUUCGCCAGCUAAAACCACAGUAAUGUUAGCUUACCUGUCCAAGAGGAAGAAAGCCAGCUUUGGGACAGACAUUAGCAGACUCCAUUUCUAAGCUAACGUUAGCUAGUGUUGCACCCUGUAGGUGCUGUAGGGGGACGGGAGCGUCCUGAACAUCACUUCCUUUGGAUUUUCCCGGCAAAACCGUCCACAGGCUGUUAUAGGCAACCGAGAAAGUCGGGGAAGGUCUCAUUUUAUUAUUUCUUCGCACUCUGUUGAUAAUUUUAGUUCAUUUUUUUUAAUGUUUUAAACUAAAAUUCUUACAUAUUGCACCUUUAAGGUGCCAAAAAUCUCUCUGCUGUUUCUCUUUCUAAUGAGAAAUGAAGGGAAACGUCCAGUGUUUCUAACAUAAGGUGGUAUGAGUUGGUUGUCAGUAGUGUCAUCAAUAUUUUUAUGAGAUUUUAUGAGAGAUUAGAGUCAAGUAGAGUAACAGAAGAAGAGCUGAAUCUCUCAUUUCAAUGUGAUUUAUUUUCAUUGAUUUGUUCACAUUCCAAUCUUACUGCACAUAAUGAAUAUUUAAGCCACAACACAACAUACAAGUAAGUUAUGAAAUAAAUUAAUAAAGUACCGAGUCCAGGAGGAGUCCACGGAG